AUGGAGAUGGCAAACACAAAAUGGGUGGCUGCUGCGGCGAGCAUAUGGAUACAAAGCUUUAGUGGAGCAAGCUACACCUUUGGAAUCUAUUCUUCACUUCUCAAAUCAUCUCAAUCUUACGACCAAUCUACGCUUGACACCGUCUCCGUCUACAAAGACAUCGGAGCAAACGUAGGCAUCCUCUCCGGCCUCUUCUACACGGCGGUUGCAAGCGGCAGAAGCGGUAAUGGUCGCUUCUUUAGUGGGCCAUGGGUUGUUAUAUUUGUUGGGCUUCUCCAAUGGUUCGUUGGCUAUGGUUUCAUAUGGAUGGCUGCAUCGGGAGUGAUCGGACGGCCUCCCGUGGCUGUGAUGUGUUUCUUCAUGUUCUUAGCCGGUCAUUGUCAGCCGUUCUUUAACACGGCGAUUGUUGUCACCGCCGUUCGUAACUUCUCCGACUAUGGUGGGACCGCCGUUGGUAUAAUGAAGGGUUAUCUUGGGCUAAGUGGAGCAAUUCUUGUUCAAAUUUACCACAUCUUCUGUGAAGGCGACCCAACGAAUUACAUUCUUAUCUUGGCCGUUGUACCAUCACUUCUCAUAUUGAUGGCAAUGCCAUUCGUUAGAACGUACGACACAGUCAUUGAAGGAGACAAGAAACACUUAAACGGUCUCUCAGCCAUCUCUUUGAUCAUCGUCAUCUAUCUUUUGGUCGUCAUAUUGGUGGAAAAUGUUAUCGGGAUGUCAAAGCCUAUGGAGAUAUGCUUCUUUACUCUUUUGCUUCUCUUGUUGGCGUCUCCUCUCUUGGUCGCGGUUAGAGCACAUCGUGAAGAGAAAGAGAGAUUUUUGUCUUUGAAUUUUCCGGUUACCCAUAGAACCACAUUGCUUGAGUCUCCUAAGCUCAAUACUUCUCCCGACUUUAAUGUUGUCAUGACCAACGACAUGGAUGUCAUCGAAGCAAUAUGCACAACCAACUUCUGGCUUCUAUUCUUGGCGAUGAUAUGUGGAAUGGGUUCCGGACUCGCAACGAUAAACAACAUCAGACAGAUGGGCGAGUCACUUCGCUACUCAACGGUUCAGCUCAAUUCUCUGGUCUCUUUCUGGAGCAUAUGGAACUUUCUAGGCCGGUUUGGGUCAGGUUACAUCUCAGACGCCUUUUUACACAGUCAUGGCUGGCCAAGACCGAUUUUCAUGGCCAUAACUCUAGGCCUCAUGGCUAUAGGUCACAUUGUCAUGGCCACCGGUUUAGUAGGAAGCUUAUAUAUCGGGUCAUUGUUGGUCGGUUUAGCGUACGGCUCACAAUGGGCACUCAUGCCGACAAUAACCUCUGAAAUAUUCGGGAUACUUCACAUGGCAACUAUAUUCUACACAAUUUCGAUAGCUAGUCCGGUUGGUUCGUACAUUUUCUCAGUGAAGGUAAUAGGCUACUUCUACGACAAGGUGGAUUCUGAGGAUGAUCAUUCUUGUUAUGGGAAUCAUUGUUUUAGGACUUCGUUUAUGAUAAUGGCGGUCAUGGCUAUGCUUGGAUCUCUUAUUGCUUUUGUGUUGUUCCUCCGCACAAAGAAGUUUUAUGCAACGCUUGUGGCCAAGAGGAUGUGGAAAUAAUUACUGAAGCUAGUGUCAGGAUUGUGGCUCUCUAUUUAUUUUUAUUUUAUUUUAUUUUUGGCAUUUUUCCCUCAUGUAUAUUCUUUUUCUUUUUUUUUUCAUGUAUAUUCAUAUGUAUUGUUUGUCGAA